UACACAAUUUAUGACGAAUAUGGCCGUCUAUUACGAAUGGGGAUAUUCGCGGUUAUUUUUUCUUAAUACUUGCUUAAUUAUCUAGUUUUUAUAAUUUGGAUUAUAUUGUCUUACAGUGUAGAAUGUAAGUCAAUGUGUGUAUCGAAAUCUUUCACGUAUCCUGAAGAUGCCAGUUAAUCCUGUAUCAGGAACGAAAAAAGGUGUUGAAAAAUCGAAAUUUACACUAUCCUUAAACAGGAAUAAUGCUACAUAUUUGAGCGACGAAAAUAAAAAGCCUGUGAAUUCGAAAGGUAUUUCUAGCUCUCUAAAAGUAUACGACGACAAUAAGGAGAAUAAGCCCGUAAAGAGAGCACUGAACAGCACAUAUUUUAAUACUUUGAAUGCUGCGAAGAAACUAAAACCAUUAUCGGAAACUCUAAAAUCUGCCGAUAGUGAGCUGAUAGUAUUAGAAAAGCCAAUUGGCAGCGCUGCCAUGUUGAAUGGCCAUCACCCUACAGACAAUCAGUAUGGGGGAGGAGCUCAGUGGAAGGCCCCUAUUGCUACUCUCUCUAACUUGGGGAAUACUUGUUUUUUAAAUAGUGUACUUUAUACACUCAGGUAUGCACCUCGGUUUCUUCACAAUUUGCACCAUCUGGUAUCAGAUUUGGCAAGUGUGGAACAGAAAUUAGGCAGCAUUAGAUUGAAGAGUUCCUCAUUGGGUCGAAGUGCUGCUGGGUUAGCAUCAUCAGGGACCAGAUCAUGGAGCAGUAAGGACUUACUGUCUUUAGGACAAUCUGACAAUAGUGCUGGGAAAAGUAAAAUACAGAUUGCUACGGAGAAACUUCAUGAAACUUAUUUAAACCUUCGAGCAGCGGAGAGCAAAUGCCUUAACAGUGGUUCGGGAGAUGGGAGUCCUGAGCCAUAUGCUGCAGAUGCCUUUCUUGCCGCACUAAGAGAUGUUAAUUCUACAUUUGAGGGCAAUCGUCAACAAGACGCCCACGAACUGCUGGUAUGCAUCCUGGACAAUAUCCGGGAAACUUGCCGAGCACUCAGCGCUAGAGCGUCACGUCUGCAAAUACAUGAGAAUGGAGACAGUAAUGGAUUAGGACGUCAGGCGGGGCUGGAGUCGGACUCUGGUAAGCCGACGCUGGGAAACCUGAGAAAGUCAUGGAAAAAGCGUAAAGAGGGGAAGGCGAGCGAGAAGCGACACUCCCCCACCGAGGAGAGGGCGCCAUCCCCUGCAGACCCCGAAAGGGAGGAACGCUCUCGACCAGGCUGGGACUUUGUUGCUGAUGAUUUUGAAGGUACGAUGGUGACUCGUACGAUGUGCCUGGAGUGCGAGGCGGUGACGGAGAAGGCGCAGGCGGUGUGCGAGCUGUGUGUGCCCGUGGGCGACGACGACGCGCCCUCUGAAGAGCCCUUCCGCGCAGCCUGCCUCUCCAGCGAGUAUCUUCGAGAUCAGAACAAGUACUGGUGCGAACGCUGCCUGCGGUACAACGAAGCGUGGCGCAGCGUGUCGUACUCUCGACUGCCGCGGCUGCUGGUGCUGCAGCUAAAGCGCUUCAGCGGCGGCAUGGAGAAGAUCACUCGGCACGCGCCAACGCCGCUCCUUAUGCCUUGCUUUUGCGAGCCCUGCGCUGCGCGACCGCCUGACCGCCCGCCAAACCACAGGUACAUACUAUGGGCGGUGAUAAUGCAUCUGGGUCAGACGUUGACGGGCGGGCACUACGUGGCGUACGCACGCGACAGCCCGGGAGAGGGGCGCUGCGAGCGCGAGGCGGGCGGCGAGGGCGCACCCCCUUCCUCCAGCUUCAUGCGCACGCUGUUCAGCCGGCCACGCCCCACUCCCGGCUGCGCAGCCAAGGACUGCUGCGUGCCGCGUCCCCGACCUGACGCCUGCUGGCUCGCCUGUGAUGAUGACCUCGUCAAGCCCAUCUCCAAUGAAGAGUUCGAGGAUCUUCUCUCCUCCGAACCCAAGAUGAGAUCUGCAGCAACGCCUUACCUACUCUUCUAUGUAAAAAGCGAAGUCGGUUAGUGAUUGACAUCAGUGAUACUCAGUGCCCGGUCUGUGCUUCAAGUCAUGUAUAGAUUUAAUGGAAAAUAUAUUUUUGGUAUAUUACCAAUAUAAAUGUGAAAUUCGUGUUUGUGUGGCAGAGUUGGGUUUAUGAUGUUGAUCAAAUUAAAUACCAGUCGAGUUUAUUUUUGUAGUUCUCAUAGAUGAAACUUCUGUCAAAUUGAAGUUGACAGUGGAGGAACGAAGGUAAUGUUUGCUGUAUCCAUGUGAUUCUGUUAUACUACUUAAUAUUACUUAAAUCAUUCUAAUGUCAUGAAAAAAUGUUUAUUAUAAAAGAAAUUGUAAUGAGAAACAUGUCUGCUAUUUAGUUUAUGCUAAGUUGUGUCAAUUUAAUUCAAGUUAUGAGAUUAAAUCAGAUUUUAUGUAAACAAGAAAUAAAUAUUUUUAUGUACCUAUGAUGAAAACAUCUAGAUAAAAAUAUAUUACAUUUACCAACAAAAAAACUAUUAAACAUUAAUUUUUAUUGAAAAAAAGAAUCAUUUUGUAAGGAUAUAGGGUCCAAUAACACCAAAUUUUUGUGAUUCAGGAACAAUAGACACAAUUUGCUACACAUAAAUGCUUGUUUACAUAAAAUCUUUUAAAAUAUCAAGACAAAAGUUAGUUUGACUGAUAACAUAAUUAUCAUUUAUGUUAUUCGACAUAUAAAAAUGCUUAAAAAGACAUAUAUUUAAAGUUGAUCAGUGGCUGGUCUAUUCAAUGUGAAAUGAACAGACAUAUAAGAAUAGUGAAUAUGAGAAGUAGAUGUAUGUAAAGUGUAAUAAUGUGAAAAAUGUUACAAGUCAGACAAUAUGAAACAGAAAGAAAUAUAAUGUAAUAUUUUUAAAUAUAAUUAUUGAAAAGUAUUUGAAUACAUGUUCCUCCGGUACGAAAUAUAUGCUCCCAUGUUACUUGCAUAAAGGUGGGAGCUUAGACAUUGUAUUCACUUGUUAAUCGCCAAAACAUCUGUCCAUGAACAUAUCAUCGUCUUUUUCAAUCUAUUUGAAAAAAUAGACAAUAUCUUUGUAUUCAUGCAUUAGUUGUGGAUUGAUUUCUUUGAUCCUAAACUUAAAGACAAGUUUUUAUGUAGUUAAAAAAGUAUGUGUGUUUCAAAUGAACAUAACAAGUAGGUCUACAAUAACUUGUGUUUUUUUUAAAUAUUUUAUACAAUGUCUACUUCCACCUAGUGUAUCAGAUAUUUACUGCGCUAUAAAAGAAUUAAGGCCUAAAAUGUAUAUUUCUCUAUAUUUAGAUUUGUAUGUAAUUUCCUAAUUAUGGGCAAUGUACGGGUGUCCUAUGGGAUUCUAAAAUGUGUUCAAUCAUUAGAUUCAUACAUGCACAUAAUACUUGAGAGCAAUGAAUAUAAGGUAGAUAACUGAUAUGUUUAUUUACAACUUAACACAUACACAGUUUAAUUAAUUAUGUCGAAAUCUUAGUGCAUUAGCAUUGAACAUAAUUCUUAUAAAAACUACGAACUAGUUGAUAAUCUUUUUCUUUUUGAAAUCGGCCAAUAAUCAAAUUUAUGUAGGCUUCGUUAUUGGGGUCUACCUUAACAAUAAGCAUGUCUAAAAGAAUGUCAAAAUGUUUAAAAUGUAGAUACCAUUUAAUUCUCUUUAGAAUUUUUUUAUUGAAAUAGGCAACAUAAAAAUACUAAAUAUUACUAGGGAAAUUCAUUGUUUUCAAGUAUCUCUUCACACUUUCAUGGCCUUACUUCCUUAAAUGUAAGCAAUCAUAGUUCAAAGUUAGUACUUCAUAUAAAGUUUAUAGAAUUUAAUGUACAGCGUACGUACAGUAUUACCACGAAUUAAUGAGUGCACAUAAAUUUUAGACAUGUACUUAUGAAUUUAUUAUAUCAGUAGAAAAUAUAUGAUUUACACGCCGUCCUGAUGCUAACACCAAUCGGCUAGCUAUAGAAAUCGAAUAUCGAAUACCAAGUAAUUAAGUUAACAUGAGAAGAACUUCUUCAUGUGAAUAAAAUAAAUGUUUAGAGAGUUAGAAACUUACAACUUUUACCUUUGGUCCUUCGAGGCGGAGUAAUAAUUGAAUAGAAAUUUAGAGUUAAUUAAUAUUCAUUAUUUUAUUAUAAUGACUUAAACUUAUAGAUAAUAUGAAAAAGUGUUCAUCAUAAUUAAAAGACAAAGGCAAUAAAUUUAAUAUCGUGGUAGCACUUUACUUGAUAGAUGUCUUCGAUUAGUCAAAUUGUUAAUCCUUCAUACAGAGAUCCAUACAAAGCAUAGUUAAAAAUGAUUUAUUAUCGUAUAUUUUUAUGAGAGCGCACAUGAAGUAGAUGUCUAUGUAGACUAGUGAAUGUAUUUGGAGAUGGACAACGGAACUAUCCACUUGCUACGAAGUACCAACUGCUGCUUUGUAUGAUUUUUCAUACUAUAUGUAUAUUUAAUACGAAUUUGCUAUCGUUUAAGAACCUGCCUUUCCUAUAAGCGACUAUUUUUGUACUUGCCGCAUGAUGUGUCUUAACAUAUUCAAAUAAGACCACUUAAUUGAUGUUUUAGGUUAAAAAAUACUAUUUUAAUACAGAUUGUCUUUUGAUUUUCACAUAUUUCUUAUUUCAAUGUCUGGCCUUUGUGUUUAGUAGAUAUUUGUGAUGUUUUAAAAUGUUUUAAUAAUUGUAUUUUCAUGUAUGUUGUAUGAACAAUAUUAACAGAAUGAAAUCAGUAUUAUUGGACAUAAUAUUUUAACCUUGAUAAAAUUUUGACUGUAUACAAUUAUUUUUUUCUAUUGCUACUAUAACUGGGCCCAUCUUCUUUAGUUUCACAUGAUUUUUAAACAUAUGACAGCUUAUUUUUUUGUAUGUUUGUGUUUAGUUGUUAUAUAUAACUUUUCUUGUAUACUGAUGUGCUGUAUAUUUGUUGCGGAUGCCAUUCCAAAACCUUUGAAAAAGGUCAAAUAAUCUUGUCAGUAGUUUUACGUGUUUAUUUUAAUCAAACGAAAAUGUUAUGAUUAUUUUAAAUGUAAAUUGGAUUUGGAAAUUAAA